GGCCGGACCAUUCCGGCGGCCGGAGCAUUUCCCAUCGAGGUGAGUAACCCGAUCCAUCCCCCGGCGACGGCGACGACGGAUGCACCCCGACUGUGCGAAUCCUCUCCACACCGACUUGAGAGACUCAGUAUACUUGUCGACCCGGAGCCUGCCCCGCGACAGCUCCAUGCACCGAUCGCUUCCACGGGCCAACUCUGCGCGUGCUUCCUUGUCUUCAAACGCCGGACCAGGUCUCGCCAACUACUCCAAGCUGAGUUUCUCCAUGUCUUACAAGAACCGUCAGUCCACAGUCUACGUCGACGAUCCUCAUAACGCUGCACGAGACAACAACAGUAGCUUUAUCGGCGGAGGACGCGAAUCCCAGCUCCUCGACGACAAGAGCCGGAUGACGACCAUGAGCGCCGCUAGCGCUGCGAGCACGUAUUGCAGCAGCCGCGACAGCAGCACAAGCGUGAUGAACCAACAGCAAUCAUCCAACAUAGCACCUCUCCCGCGACCGCUGGAAAAGCAAACGUCGUUUGCGAGUUCUCCCAUCAACACGAUUCAAGAGGAUAGCGAUGUGUCCGAGGUCGAGAUCGCCGCCAUGCAGGCGAAGCGCGCUCUUCGACGCAUGUGCUUGUCUCUUGUGACCCUCAACAAGAGCGGCAAGGACGACGAGUUGAUGGACAACGAUGAAGAUGAUGACGAUGAAGACGAUGGCGACUACGAAGAACUCAAUAGCGCGGCGAGUUGCGCAAACAGUUUGACUUACCCCUUGCGUUACAGUGACGAGAACGAAGACGACCACGUCCUGCUGCCAAACUUCGGCAGGAAGGCCCAAAAUCCAAAGAAGAAGCCCCGCCUCGACAGUGACCUUAUCACAAUCUCCCGCGCGGACUUGCAGCAACUGCAGUCGCGUUUGCAAGCCCUCGAACACAAACUUGCUGACCAAGCUACCAAGCAAGCCGACUUGGAGGCGCACAUCGAGCGCGAAGUCGGGAAGCGGACGAAACAUGUGGAAAGCGAGUAUGAAGCCAAAGUCGAGGAACUCACGAUGGCGCGAGACUUUGAAGUGGACCAAGAGAUUCAGCGGCGGUUGUCCGAGUUCUCGGCAGCGUCGACCCAGGACAAAAUCAGGCGGUCCAAGGCAAAACCCAUGCGCAAAGCGCUCUUGCGGGCGUCGACGUCCAUGUCGGACAUGUUCCGCGGCGGUGGUGGCAGUACCACCGCGCCGUCCGAUUUGGACCAGUUCCGAGAGUUCUUGCAGUUAAACUCGAAGCGGAUGAGCGAUCGGCUUAGCCGGUCGACGCUGUUCCGCGACACGUUCCAUGGGCGAGACCCCAGCUUGAUGACGUCCGACUUCGACGUUGACACAGACGACGAUAACAACCACGGCGAAGCACUCGUCGACACGAUCCAAAAGCUACGUGCGGUUGUGGCAGACCAAGGGAACCAACUGGAGCAAGCGAAAUAUUUAAUUAGCGUUGCCGCUAUCAAGAUGACGGUGACCGAAGAUGUUGUCAAAGACGCGUGGGAAGAGAUGGGCAAGAUGGACAUGCGGUUAGAGCGCCAGGCGCAAGAACUGGCCGACCUCCGGCGGUACUCAACCUACAGCCAAGGCCACAACAAUAGCAGUAGCUUUGCCUCGUCCACGAGCCUCAGUGUGAGUAGUGCACCCACGUUGCGGGCGUCGGGGCGGCAAACACAGCGAAGUAGUUAGGGUAAUCGGAAUGUACUUGCUACAGCACCCCUCGUCGGCC